ACGGUGUAUCCAAUUUCACGAAAGUCAAAAAAUCCUGAUCAAUUUUUUAUUUUUUUUUAUGAUUAAUAAAAAAUAAUGGACGUGGGUUGAAUAACAAUAAUCAAAUUCGCUGAAAAUAUUGACAUGAAUUAUUGUGGCGAGUGGCGACCCAGUUUGGAGUUUGUGUAGCCGGUGUCAAUGUAGGUGAAAUGAAGUUGCUCCAAACAAGAGAAAUCGUCGUUUGUGUUCCCUAUGUGCUGAGAGACUCGCAAAUCGGUGGUUAAUAUAUGAAAAAAGGGCAGUGUUCCACGCAGAAAACGGCAGCAAGAUGUAGGAAGUGUUCGUUUCGGCCGCUGUUAAUAUUUCCAGUGUUUAUGUGGCACAGAUAAUUGUUUUCGACUUGGACGAUAUAAACAUGGCUACUAUUCAGACUCCUCGAACUCUUUCGGCUUAAAAUCGCCUUAAAUGGACGUUAAUGGUACAAAUACAGAAGUACGCCGAGAAAGCAGUAUGAUUAUGACAUGCCCAGGCUGUGUCUGCAUGUCAGGCUGUAGUCUGGGCAAACUAUGAACUUAUUUGGCUGCCUCUUUCCGUGUGCACUGCAGCACAGUUGGUGGAGUGUUGGCAACGAGCAGUGCAUGACUGAGGAGUUCGUCCACAGGAUGGGCGUGAACGCUUCCACGGCACCCGGUGUCGAGGCUGGUCCUAUGCCCAACAGCAUGGGAGUCGCGGAUCCUUGCACGCCUCCGUUCAGGGACACGAUUGGGGUGAUCGUACGGGAGCGUAAAAAGAAAGUGACUGGUUUUGCCACCUUGAAGAAGAAGUUCAUACGUCGGAGAAGAUCGUCGAAGGCGUGCGACCACGGAAGGAUGCUGCGCGAGCUGGUGUCUGACUGGAGUCCUCUGGAGGUGGCGGCCUUGCUGGAGGAGUACGAGGCGUUGGCCGCUUUGAAAGAUCUCUGUGUUCAAGCCGAGCUGGCGCGGCCGCCGGCCGCCACCUUCAAGCAGGACCUCUCCGCCUUGUACGACUUCAAGUACUGCACCGAUGCCGAUUUGGUGUACAGAGGGGCUUGCUUUCCCAUCCACCGCGCCCUACUCUCCGCCAGGUGCCCUUAUUUUAGAGACUUACUCGCCGGGUGUCCCGGCUACGGCGCUCGAAUAUGUCUCGAAUUGAGAACGGCCACGGUCGAUGUCCAGCUGUUCUCGGCGCUUUUGCGAUAUCUGUACACCGGGGACAUCUGUCCGCACGAUACCAACAUCGAUAUCAACCUCCUGAGGCGGCUGCGAGAGGAGUUCGGAACACCCAAUGCCUUGGAAGCCGAUCUGCGUUACUUACUUGAAAUUGGCGACUACGCCGAUGCUGCUCUAGUGUUCACUUCCGACGGUUCCGACUGCCAGAGGCCCGAUUCGGGCAGUUCGGAAUACGGUUUUAGGCCAAAAUUAGAAUUACCAUGCCACAAAGCCAUACUCUCCGCUCGAUCGCCCUUCUUCCGGAACCUGCUACAAAGGCGAUCGAGGAGCGGCGAGGAGCACACAGAACGAGCCUUACACAUACCUACCAGAAUCGUACUCGACGAAUCAGUCAUACCUAAACGGUACGCACGCGUUCUACUACACGCUAUUUAUUUAGAUCACGUUGAUCUCUCGUUAAUUUCACGCGGUGGCUGUGGGGGCGGUCUAGGCGAAGCCCAAGCACUUACUCACACCGGACGGGCGCGGCCGUCACCCCUGGAGGAAGCCAUGGAGUUAUAUCAAAUCGGACGGUUCCUCGAACUAGAUAUUCUCUCACAAGGCUGUGAAGAUUUAAUUUUAGAAUGGUUGUCGCUUGACACACUCCCCACAGUACUUCAAUGGGCCAAACAACCGCACGGAUCGGCCUGGGUCCACCGACAGGCGCUGCAUUACUUGCGCGAGGAGUUCCAACCGGUGGCCCAGUCCCCGGUGUUGCACCAACUGGACAAGGCUCACCUGAUCGAGGUGUUGAAAAGUCCGUUUUUGCAAGCCUCCGAGCUGGAAAUCCUCCACGCUGUACUGAAAUGGGGCGAGAACGAGUUGGUUCGUAGGAUGGAGGAUCGGGAACCGAACAUUGUGAGUCACACCGCGCAUUCGGUGGCCCGCAAAGGUGUGAAAAAGCGCGAUUUGAGUGAUGUCGAGCUUCGCGAGAUUUUAUCCGAUUUGCUUCCAUUGGUCCGCAUGGACCACGUACUGCCCCCCAAUAGUGAUAUUCUAAACCAGGCGAUUCGACGUGGCUUGGUUAGCACUCCCCCCAGCCAUAUGAUAGGCGGCGACCGGGAGAAUCUGAGGGUGAACGCGUGGAUUAGGGGUGAUAAGAAUAAUGGUUUAUUCGUACAACCGCGCCUGUUUAUGCCAUACUAUGACGAGGUUAAGGUUCUUGUGGAAGAUCAGUUGGUCCAAGAAGUUGAAAUAAUGCGAAUGCGCCGCCGGUACAUGCCCGACAUUCCCGAUACGCUGUACAUGGUCGAGGACAAGCCACGGGUGCAUGGGGCCGCCGGGGUUGAUGUUUUGGCUUCGGUUCUUCCAGUGCCAGACCCGGCGGUUAUGAACGCAAUGUUGAAACGGGAACAAAAACUCCGCCAAUCGCCGAGCUGUCAACGUGCCCUUAACAUGCCUUUAUCCUCACGUCAUGAAAUCAACCGGCAGAUCCGGCUCCGGGUCGUCCGCGAGUUCAAUCUGCCUGACCCAGUGGCCGAUAUGUUGGAGAACUGCUAUUGUCUCCCUGAGAGCGAUGAUAAUGCUGAGAGCCACACAAUAUCGCCGAAUAAGGGGCUCAGGGGGUGCUAUAGUCGCAAUAUGACGUUUCCGAGGCCUGGGGCGUACUCGCAGAGGCACGAGCUGCCGGCGGUGAUCCCCGAGGGGGAGUUCCGGUUUGCGACGGAGCCCGAGAGCAGUUCGUGCAGCGAUGGGCAUUUGUCGGAUAUAAUGCCCGACGUGGCGAUGGCGACGGCGACCUUGGGCCAGAUGCAGCUGCAGGAGCAGCAGGAGAUGGAGCUGGACUUGGGGGAUGGGGCCACCCAUCUGCACGCCCAGAUGGCCGGGUCGCUGCACCACCCGAUGUCCUACAGGCGGUACCAACCCUCGACGUACCCUCACCUGAGGUCUGAUUCGCAAUCUUACCACACUCCUAUGCCGCGAUUUUUAUAGUUUUAAUUCUCCUUUUCGCUUUCGUGUCUUGUACAUAAGAGAAGCAUUCUUUUCGGGAAUAAUAUACAUCUGUGAUUUUCUGUGACGAGACAUCUCUAGUUUUAAUAUUUAUUAGAUCGUUUCUUUGUUUUCGAGACUGAUCCGAGAUUCUUUCGAUUGCAGAUGAUGCCCGAGUAAUACUGAGAGUUGGUUGUUUAACUGAUCAACAUAUUCCGUUAAUUCUGUAUUCAUGUACCUGUGCGUGUCUUGUCUUAGAUGUUGCUGUGUUGCUGUUACAUGUAAAUAUAUUUAGAGUCCAAGUGACAACUCUUAAACGGUGCGAUUUUAUCCAUUACUAAGUGCAAUGUGUACUUAAACACUCUCAUAACGACUAUCAUUAACUGUUUCAACAACGAACAUUUCAUUCUACAGUUUGCUUUUUAUUGCUACUGGUUUCUUACUUUUUGCAUAUCAUUCGGGGAGAGAGCUGGAAACGGACCGAAUCGUGAGGGUGGCAAAUUGAAUCUCAACUUAACUUAAGCUCUUACUACUUAAGACUUGGCGCAUUUACGUUAAUUAGUUUACAGCUCCCUCUUUUAAUUUAGUUAAAUUGUCUGUGAUUAAUGUUUCUUUUGAAGUUGCUACAUAUAACAUUUCUUGAUCGGUUGAUGUUGCAGAUCACCAUUUUGUGAUAUGUAUUGUAAUCUACGUUGAUGUAAUCACAUUAUUGUUAUACAUACAUGUUAGCUUAGAACUGUAUGGUUUAUAGGCUUCUAUGGGUAAUUAUUAUUUAAUAGAAUCCUAAAUGUACUCAAUCGGAUAAUUCUUGCGAUUCAGGGUAUCCACAUAAACAUGAAAAAUGUUUAUUUGUGAUAUGUACUUUGUAUUCAUUGAUUCGAUUAUGUUGCUACGUUUUAAAUACUUUUGCAAACUGCAGUAUGUUACAUUUCAAUAUAAAUAUUAACACAAAUACGAAAGACAUUAUAGCUUAUUACAUAAUUUAUUUCAAAAUGUAAAUAUAUUAAAUACAAAAAUGAUAAUUAAAUCCUAGUUUCUCUCGAAAUCACGUCCAACGUAACAGGACCGCACAAUUAAUUCUUACCAUAUUGUUACAUAAUUUUUUUUUUUUAAACCUAAUGGCCUACACACUUCUACACCUUCUUUCUUCCCAAAUGAAUUGUUUUUAAUUACUGCCGACUAGCAACAUCUUUAUUAGUGGUAACUUUAUUAUGUGAAUUCACAAGCUUGAUUCUCAAAAUAAAAAAAUAAGAAUUUUAUUGGGGGAAAGUUCUAUAUUAGAAGUUUUAUAUUAAUACAAACAUGAAAAAAAUGUUUAUUUGUGAUAUUAUUUUACAUUUUAUACGACGUGUUUUCGAAAUUAGCGAAAAAAAAAUCAAGUUAAUUAUCACAUAAUUUAUUUCAAAGUAAUUACAUUAAAUACAAAAAAGGGUAGUUAAAUGUAGUUUGGUAAAAAUCACAUCCAAAUUUAGUCGGUUUGAGUCGCUUUGUCUACAUAACGGGGGCGUGCGAGUCUUAUUUGAUACAAGGGACUUAUGGUCCUGAUUGGCCGUCGGCACUUAAUGUCGGUCAGUUUCAUUCUCUUCAAAUGUGGGGCGUCGCAAAGUGCGUCAUUAUCAGGCUGCGGCCUUUUGAGACCUACGCCUG